AUAUGGAAGUUUGGACAAGUGGCGAACCCAUCAAAAGAAAAAUACUGGACUUAUGUCACUUCUGAUGCCUUCAGAUUUGCACUGAUAUGGAAAUAUGGAGGGAUAUACCUAGACACAGAUGUUAUAUCCGUUAAUCCUGUUCUAGAAGAGAACUUCUUAGUUGGUGUGCCACCUCAGUGGAUCAGCAGUGCAGCUUUUGGCUUCCAUCGUCACUACCACUUCCUCUGGGAUUGUAUGAAACAUUUUGUUAGCAACUAUCAUGGGUCAAUCUGGGGAUACCAAGGGCCAUCCCUUCUUACACGCAUGUUAAAGCAAAAGUGUCGAAUUCCAGCAUUUCAAGUGCUACAAGAUGAUAAAUGUCAGAAUAUAUAUUUGCUGCACCCAACCCGAUUCUACCCAAUCACGUAUCCUGGCUGGAAAAUAUUUUAUCAACCUUUUGAAAAUUUUCCAAACUUCAAUAAUUCAUAUGGUGUGCAUUUAUGGAAUUAUAUGAACAAAGAGAAUUGAACAGUGGUUACAGGAAGCAAUACUCUAAUAGAGAAUAUUUACAAGAAAUACUGUCCUGACACUUACAAAAACACUGUGUUAAACAGCCUACCGAAACUAAAGAGGAAAGAUAGCAAAUUAAUCCAAUGA